AUGAACAAUCAUCAGGCAUCAAUGCAGACGCCAGCCAGGCGCGGGGGGCAGAGCUUGAUGAAGUACCUGAGCCGCGCGAAGACCCGGGAGAGCAGCUUCUGGGUCAUGACCAUCACAGCCGAGGACGACGAGAACGAGACCGAGGAAGCUGCCGGGGAAGCGCCUGUACAGCAUCUGUUGCUGGUCGAGCUGUACAAUCAAAUGGGCAUUAUCCACCAGGCCGAGGGGCCGCACCCCCGGCGCUGGCCGCGCCCGGACGCAUGGCGCUGGCUCCAAGAGUGGGCGGCCCAGGAGGCUAGCCGCAACCCGGGGGAGAUGUGGCUCAUCUCCCCGUUGGGGGAACCCAUCUGCUUCGACGCCCCACAUCGAGAUAUUGCCAAUACGAAGAGGGUGUGUCAGGAGCACGGAUCCCCCAGCUUAUGA